ACUUCCUUAAAUCGCCUUGAUAACCCACAUGGAAACGCGGGUCACUUGUGUUUGAUUUCAACAGCCUUUCGUGAGAUCGGCUUGAAGCUAUUUUACUCAAAUUUUAGAGCGUUUGAUAACGAAAAAGAAACAUGAAGAUUGAAGAGGUGAAAAGCACAACGAAGACGCAGCGCAUCGCUUCUCACAGCCAUGUGAAGGGUCUGGGGCUUGAUGAGGCCGGUAAUGCUAAACAGUCCGCGUCCGGGCUGGUGGGACAGGAGACCGCUAGAGAGGCAUGUGGCAUCAUUGUAGAGCUGAUUCGUUCCAAAAAGAUGGCUGGAAGAGCUGUUCUACUUGCAGGGCCACCUGGGACAGGAAAGACUGCUUUAGCAUUGGCCAUGGCACAGGAAUUGGGGAAUAAAGUGCCGUUCUGUCCUAUGGUGGGCAGUGAAGUGUAUUCAACAGAAAUCAAGAAGACUGAAGUGCUGAUGGAGAACUUCAGAAGAGCCAUAGGUCUGCGUAUCAAGGAGACGAAAGAGGUGUAUGAAGGAGAGGUCACUGAAUUGACCCCAUGUGAGACAGAGAACCCAAUGGGGGGCUACGGCAAAACUGUCAGUCAUGUCAUUAUCGCUUUGAAGACGGCAAAGGGCACCAAACAGUUAAAGUUGGAUCCCAGUAUCUAUGAAAGUCUGCAGAAGGAGAGAGUGGAGGUUGGUGAUGUUAUCUACAUCGAAGCUAACAGUGGGGCCGUCAAGAGGCAGGGACGAUGUGACACAUUUGCAACAGAGUUUGAUUUGGAGGCAGAGGAAUAUGUACCUCUACCAAAAGGUGAUGUGCACAAGAAGAAAGAGAUUAUUCAGGAUGUUACACUUCAUGAUCUGGAUGUAGCCAAUGCAAGACCUCAGGGUGGUCAGGACAUACUUUCAAUGAUGGGUCAGUUAAUGAAGCCUAAAAAGACAGAAAUUACAGAUAAACUGCGAGGUGAGAUCAAUAAGGUGGUGAACAAGUACAUUGAUCAGGGUGUGGCAGAGCUUGUUCCUGGUGUUCUGUUUAUUGAUGAGGUUCACAUGCUGGAUAUUGAGUGUUUCACCUACCUGCACCGAGCUCUGGAAAGCUCUAUUGCUCCCAUUGUAGUGUUUGCAUCCAACCGAGGAAACUGCCUUGUCAGGGGGACAGAGGAUAUCAGCUCUCCUCAUGGAAUUCCGCUGGAUCUUCUGGAUCGAGUCAUGAUUAUCAGAACCAUGCUGUACACCCCACAAGAAAUGAAACAGAUCAUAAAGAUCCGAGCUCACACGGAGGGCAUCAACAUUAGUGAGGAGGCUUUAUCUCACCUUGGAGAGAUUGGCACCAAAACUACACUCCGAUAUGCAGUGCAGCUGCUGACCCCUGCCAAUCUGCUGGCGCGGGUUCAGGGGAAGGAAGUAGUCGAAAAAGAACAGAUCGAAGAAAUUAACGAACUCUUCUAUGAUGCUAAGUCUUCAGCAAAGAUCCUUCAAGACCAGCACACAAAGUUUAUGAAAUAACUUCAGCAUCGUCACUCUCUCUGGCGUUCUCUGUACGCUUUUUAUUGCCUUUACUGGCCGUUUAGUUCACAUUUGUCAUAAAAGCUCUAAAAGUAUGACCGCUAUAGCUAUACCAAGCUAAUAAAAGAGAGCAAAUUGCAGCUACUGCAUUGUUCUGCCUACUUGUGUUUGAAGCUUGUAAGCUAAUAGAAAAAAACAGGAAAGAAAUGUCUUUCAACAAUCUGAUUUCUUCAUGUAGUUUUCGCCCCCACUUUUGUCAUUCUCCUGUAGUUACGGCAUUCUCCAUUGUCCUCUCUGCUGUCCUUUGACAUCAUACUGAGCAUUUUUUGUACUGUUGAAUGUUUUUUCCUGUUUUGCAAUGGAAUCUUUUGAUAGAAAUGUGAAAUACAAAUGGUAUUGAAUUAAACAUGACUGUUGUUUAUUAAAAUGACAUUUUAUUUCUUCUGCACAAAUCAACUGUUUAACUUUCUGCUUUAAAGCAGAACAGAAUUUUAAGACUAUAAAAAAAACAUAAGUAUUAUGUAAUUGUGCUAUUGCGUAGCAACCAAACUAAUGAGCUGGUGUUUUAUAGUAUAAAAAUGCUUUGGAAUAUUUAUUGCAUGUUUUCCGGUGUUCAAUUCAGUGAAGUUGCAUUUGUGUGGUCCCACUU